AUAACCUUUACACGCUGACGUCAACGCCUACACACCAACACACGAGAUUGAAGACAACCACCACAACCAUGUCCUCCCGCUUCUCCGCCGCGCGCCCCAAACGCGCCAGCGAAGCCUACGCCCGCGCACACCACGGCGAAUCGCGCUCCAACGACGACGACACCUCCAGCGGGCCCUCCCACAAAAAAGUCAAGUUCGACGUGCGCAACCCCUCCGCGCUCGCGCCCUCAGCGCACGAUGACGACCUCGACGAAGCUGACGAGGAGGUUCUUGCCGCCGACGUGAUCGGUGGGCUUUCUCGAGCCACCAAGCGCGGCGCGGUCAACAUCGAUGGGUACGAUUCCGAUUCGGACAAUGACAACCUGGAAGACCGCGCGGAAGCCCGAGGGAAGAGCCGCAAGAAGGGCAAAGACGCCGAGGACGUGGAUCUGGCCGAGAUGAUGGAUAAUUACAACAAGCCUUCCAACGGGGCAGGGAAAGAUGCCGAUGAAGACGACGAGGUAGACAUGUUUGGCGACUUGGAAGACGACGACGGUGCUCAACCGACGACAGCCGGUGGUGGCUCUGCGAAGGACAAAAAAUCCGUCCACUUCCUUGCCGACUCGGAAAUCGAAGGGCAAGACCUCUCUUCCAAAGCUGGCGGAACCAUCAACAUCAACCCCGCCGCCUCAGCCGAAUCGGACGACGAAGAUGACGACGAAGAAGUCAUAGCAGCCGCCAUCGCCGAAGAGGGAGUAGACGAAGAGGUCGGCCUAGGCGGACUGAAGAAACACGCGCCCAAGAUUGACGCCUUCAAUAUGCAAGCCGAGAAUGAAGAGGGUGCCUUUGACGAGGCGGGCAACUACAUCCGCAAAGCGGCCGACCAAAAUGCCGUGCACGAUAAGUGGCUGGAAGGCUUGUCCAAAAAGGAAAUCAAAAAGGCGGCGUUGGCGCACGAGAAGCGUGAGGCGGAAAGGCGCGCGCAGGAGAGGGAAGAUGACAAGAUCGCCACUGGGGACUUGCUCAGAAACUUGAUCCUGACGCUAGAAAAGGGGGAGACGGCGCUGGAGGCGCUGGCAAGACUUGGAAAAGACAAAACCAAGGGGCCGAAGAAGGUGCCCAAGUGGAAGCAAAAGAGGCAGGAAAGGAAACAGGGCAUCGAUUCGAUGGAUGUGGAUGACAAGAAGGAGGAGGAGGAUCCGAAGCAGAAGAAGAUCAGGGAGGCGAUUGAUGCCAUUACUGAGGCGGCGGAUAAGUUGUUGGGAAGGGAUUAUCCGGAUAUUUACGAUAAGGAGAGGGAGUGGUUGGUGAGAGAGUAUAGAGCAGAGACGGGCGAGACUUGGGUGGAGCCUACUGCUCCUGAAAAGGAGGAGAAGGAGGAAGAGCAGUCAUCGUCACUAAACGGACACCCCAAAAUGUGGGAGUUUAGGUGGACAGAUGGGAGAGACGGAGGAGGAAGCCAAGGGCCGUAUGACGGGCCCACCAUGAAGGCAUGGCAGGAUGCGGGAUACUUCAAGGAGGCGGUUGAGUUCAGGCCGGUGGGCGGAGGGGAGGGGGAGUGGUCUAGGGUUGCGGCCUUCGUAUGAUCAUCACACGGCAGAUGUUUAUGGUUAGGUUUUGUACGAUUGUGUGUGAUAGUAUACCCCCGGUUCGGAAUGACGAGAGAAUCAAAAGCCUUUAUCACCA